AUGUCAACGGGUGCGGUGGAUCAGCAUGUCAUCUAAUGCGACCCCGCCAUGGCGGGGAGCUGACCUCUCUCGUUGAUAACUUUGUUCUCUGCCGACGCGAGUUUGAGUAACGAUCUUAUACUUUUCCCACGUCGAUCAGGCACGACCCAGCAGUACUAGGACUGGUAAUAGCCGCAAGGACCCGCUAGGAAUCACCAGCUUGGCACGGUCUCUAGUACUAGGCAGCAAUAUGGCUGCUCGAUUGGCAUUGCUCGUCUCCUCCCGCCGCAGCCUGCCGACUCUCCAACCCCUCCCACCGCCACGCGCGCUUUCCCGCAUCGCUUCGCUGCUAGUAACUUCCCUCCUGGCCGUCUCCUUUCUAUCCUUCGCGUCCAACGCAUCGCCUCUACGCGACGCAUCGCCUCUCCCCGACGCGUCGCCUUUCCCCGACGCGUCGCCUCUCCCCGACGUGCCUUAUGAUCAGCAGCAACCCAUUCCUGAACCUCUCGCCUCGCUCCAAUCAUGGCAGUCCCUUCAGAAUGUCUCGUCGCCUUCGUCGGCGGUCCCUCCGGCCUCGAGGCUCAUAGGAGCGGCCGGCACGGCGCACCUGCCCGCCGCGACGCUCCUUGGAGCGGACGGCACGGCGGUCCUGCCGGCCUCGAAGCUUAUAGGAGCGGACGGCACGCCAGGGAAGGUGUUUAGCUGGGGGUCUUACAAGGUGGUGCAGAGAUCGUCGAUUGGCGGACCGAUGUUUGUAUUUAAGGUGCUACCCCCCCGCCCUCUCCUCCUAUGGGCGCCUGCCACGUCAUCACCUCAGUCCUUCCCAGUGGUUCUGUUUCAGCACGGGUGGGCGACUCACAACUACUGGUUUGGAGAUAUGCUCAAGAGAGUGGUCUCCCACGGUUACAUUGUAGUGGCGCCUCAGAUGUACCCUCUCAUCGGCCUCACAGGCGCCAUCUACGAGAUGAAGGGCUCAUGCGCAGUCAUUCGCUGGCUGAAAGACAACCUCAAAGACUGGCUUGCCCGCCAUCCAAUCCUGCAUCGCCGAACCAAGGCCUCCCCUGAUUGGUCCAAAUUCGCCCUGACCGGCCACAGCCGCGGCGGGAAAGUCGCCUUUGGGGUUCUCCGGGAGCUAUUUUGCAAAUCGGCGGUGGCGAUUAAAGCGCAAUUUCUCCUCGACCCUGUAAAUGGUGGUGGGGAAAGAAGCUCCUUUAAAUCCGGAGAUUCCGUGCUUACGUAUGUUCCCAACUCGAUCCAAGUCUCGGCUCCUGUGGCAGUGUUAGGAACGGGAUUAGGAGGUUCCUGCGCUCCUGAAGGCGACAAUUACAAGGAGUUUUACUCGGAUAUGGUAGACCCGGUGUGGAAAUUUGCCGUGCCCGGCUACGGGCACGCAGAUUUUUUCAAUAAUUGGAUCGGCCCGGGGAUUACGUUUAUCUCCAAGCAUUUUUGCAAGAAUGGGCCGGCGAGAAAGCCUAUGCGGGUGGUGACUGGUGGGCUAAUGGUGGCGUUCCUCCAGGCUAAGCUUCUAGGAGACUCUGCUGAUUUAGACGAUUUAAUGGCGAAUCCAGGCCACUCCCCUGUUCCAAUUAGCCAGCCUGUAACCAAACCGUGAUGAAGUAAAUGCUUUGAUGCCUA